AUGUACGAAGUCGAACCUCUACAGAAGUACGAGCUAGUAUCUCAACUGCGUUUUCCUGGCUGGGAGCAGAAUCAAGCUUUAUGGCCUGCUCCCAUCCCUGAGGCGGGUCGGGCAUGACGGCCUGCUCUCAUUCCCGAGCCUGGUGUGGCUGUAUCGCCAGCGCUGCCUCCACUUCCUCGUCUUCAACGUGCGGACGAUGGCGAGGUUGCUCCUAUUCCUUUACCAGCUGUCGGCCCGUUUGCCGAAGGGGUUAAAGACGAAGAGCAGCCUAUCGAUCAUCGACGCGAGGAGGCUGUUGAGGCUAUCGACAGUUACGAAGAUGACCACCCUGCGGAGCGUGCUCCACCUCUACCUCCUGACAAUGGUCACGAGUAUCGGCAUUAUCGUGUCGGUCGCAAUCCCGGUCUGCUCGAGAACAUUGACGAGGGCAACAUUCUACCGGUUCGCACGCGUGCUCAGCGUCGCGUCGCCGCCCUCAGUAUUGUGUCCACGCGCAAGAUCGUUCGUCGCGAACCAGAGCUCAUCGCGUCGUUUUCCACUCGUCACCCACCGCUUUCCAAGACCUUCAAGGAUGCGAUGGCUUCGCCCGAGGCCGAGUCGUGGUACGUUGCGUCCGUCAAGGAACCCAACUCCAUGGGCUUGCACAAGCUUUUCAAGCUUUCGAGGCUACCCACUGGGGCUCGUGCACUGGGCUAUCGUUGAGUGUUUACUUGGUAGGAAGACGCCGAAGGCAACAUUGUUGGAAUCAACAAUGAUUCCGAAAAUGAUCAACAAAAGAAGAAGAAACGGCUGGACCAGGAGUCAAACCUGGGUCGCUUCCAUUAAUCGGAAAAGCUUUGACCUCUAAGCUAUCCGGCCCCUGAUAUCAGUGCAAGGUCUACUAACACCUUCAAUAAACAUCAUCAGAUACAAGGCUCGUCUAGUCGUCCAAAGCUUUGCUCCACGACUGGGGAUCGACUACCACAAGACGUUUGCUCCUGUCUCUUCGAUCACGACGAUCUUGUUCGUCGUCGGCGGCCUCUCUGCCGCUCGCGGACUGAUUCUCGAACAGUGGUCCUGACUUCUCGGCGUCGCUACCUCUCUCCUAUCGGGCCCGGUAAAGACGAUUACUCAAUGAACAAGCGGGCUUAGUCGGCGCAGCUUUACAGGUAAAGAGACUUUGAUAACAGCCGGGGCAAAGCGAACAAUGGACGGAGGACUGAGUCGUCCGUGGCGAAGUAGAUGGACUGGCCCUCUAGGUCGUUCCGCCGAUGUAGACCACGCGGAUCAAUGAUUGCAGCACGCCAUUCCUCGAAAUCAUACGUUGUAGGCCGCAAGUCAGAGCGCAAAUGA